AUGGUCGAAAAUGUAGCCGUGGAGGAACCGUCUGAAUUCUUGGAAAAUGUGACAGACCAAGAACCAGAAAAGGCAAAUACUCCACCAAAAUUUUUUAAUUUUUUUAAAGCGAAAAAUAAACUAGAUGAUGAUUUAAACAAUGGUAAUUUAGAAAGUAAAGGUUCGGAAGAAUCGGAGGAAACGCAGAAUGCCAAAGAUGAAGAAAGUAACAAGGAGAUAAGAAUAGAGGUCUUUGAAUCGCCAGAUAUACCGGAGCAAUUGAACCACGGAAUGCUGUGUACGCUGCACUACAUGAAAUACAGAGAGGCAAUCAGGAGGUACACGGGCGAGUUCAAAAACUGCCCGUACGGAGUGUGCAUCGCUAACAUACUGAUGGUGCUGUGCGUCAUCCUGACAACGUCGCUGGUGUCGCAGCACUUUGAUCCGACGGAUCCAGGAACAGUGCGCGGAAACACGUCGAAGACUUGGGUGGCGCUGUACCUGAGCAACGCAAACAACCUCGGUCUCAUAGUGGUGAUUCUGACAACACUGUUCUCAAUAGUGAACCUGUACAUAUGCGUGCACCCGAACACAUUCGUAAAAAUCGUGAGCAUAAGCAAAAUGACGGUGAGGAUUUACUUCAUCCUGUACCCAGUGCUGAUGUUCUACAACUACUCGAUGAACGUGUCGCUGCAGGAAGCAGGAAGGGGGGAAAACCUGAGAGCAGUGUUCAACAUAAGAGCCUACAACAUCCUGGGCAUCUUCUUCUACGACACGUUCUUCCUGACCAUUUACACAGUCCUAAUCAUAUUCUUCAACCUUAUAGCAUUCAUAUAUCGCUUCUUCUACCCGACGCUGCUGAUGACGAUCAUAAACGAGGACGUGAGGACGUUCAAGGUGACUGAGUUCGAGGAGAUAAAGUUGAACCUGCCGAACAUAGGCUCGUCGUUAAACAACAAGGACGAAGAACUGGGAAAAAUACCAGCCUUCAGAGUGACGAUAACGAGGUUUAGGAAGCCGAAUUCGUUGUACUACUCAUUCAAGUACCUUAUCGACUUCCUGCACUUUAAAAAAAGGGGAAGCUACGACUCGUUCCAGUACGUGGGCCAACUAAACUCGGAGUACAGGCCUCACGGGUUUGGGUUCUGGAAUUCACCGAACUUCCACGGGGAGCUGUUGAUGGGAUUCUGGGAGUCAGGCUUGCCUUUAUCGCCGUUCAAGAGCAGAGAGGUGGGUACGAACGCAGGCUUCUCGAACGUUAUCAUCGGCUGGGUGAGGUACGAAGGAGGAGACUCAGCAGUGGGUCUGGGCGUGGCAGCAGCAGAGUGCUGCGUCUCGGGGCCCUUUUUCAGGACAUUCCCGAGAAUAUUGCGCUUCUACACGGUCCCGGAGACCGACGGUAAGCGCGGAGGAAGGGUGUUGAAGCUGCUGAAGAAGUUGUUUAGGAGGAACAGACUUAACUGUAUCGCCAUGGAUAGAAUGGACAGUAAAUACUACUGCACUGACGACCACAUAGUCAUGAGCCUGAACGAAGUGUCCAACGACAUCGUCGGCUACAGGUACGGCAACGUGGACUCGUACAUUAACGGGAAGAAGAACCCGUACUUCAACGUGCUGAAGAAGAUGCACAUCAGAGACAUAUUCCAGGACAUAAACGAGCUGUUCGGAAUAAGGGAGACGGGAAUCCCACUGACGACUUUCGUGAACUGCAUGGAGUGUCUGCUUAGCGCACUGACGCUGCACGCCCCAAAUUUCACGCCCCUGGACUCGAGUAACCUGUCGCUGUCGGUGGACGAUGAAAGGGGAAUAAACAUACACGGGUUCGUCAAGAAGCCUAAGAUAAACGAGGAUGGAAUACAGGAGUUCUCAAGCGACUACUGUAAAUCGGUGAAGGCGCUGGAGGCGUGGAUAUACAUACACGGAUUCAACGUCAAGUGCAUAGACAGCCUGGGAAUCUUCGCACAAAUCAUAUCCUUCGGGAACUACCCGCAGUACAUAAAGCCCUUUGUGUUCAGCUGGCCCUCGGGAAACAAAAUAACGCAGUUCAAGGAGGCGAUCGUGAGCUCGACGUGCCCGAAGACGGUGGACACGUUCAUAAGGAUGCUCCAGGCGCUGCUGGUCAACAACAUCAGGGACGUGCACAUCAUGACGCACUCGAUGGGGGCGACGAUGUUCCUGGGCGCCUUCACUCAGAUCCUCAACAGCAAGGAGUACAGCAACCUGUUUCUGAAGCUGAACGAGGACAGGGACGCGAACAACCCGAAGCUGAAGAUACUGACAGUGACGCUGCUGAACCCCUUCUACCCUGUCUACGACUUCGUGCAGAACGACUACCCGAGGCUGAAGCAGUACUGCUCGCACAUCACAAUAUACUCGGACGUGAACGACAAGGCGCUGAAGGUGGCGGAGCUGAUCACGGGGAAGAAGAGGCUCGGAAGGUGCGUGAACGAGCUCUACACGAUGGAGGAGCGGGUGGACGAAACCGCCAAGAGGUGCACCCUGGGAAGCAUCGUGCUCCCGUUCACGCUCGAGGAGGUCAGGAACCUGAAGAAGAACAAGAAGAAGAUCAAGGAAAUCAUAGAAAACAGGAAGAAGAAGCACUGGCUGGACGUGGAUGUGAUAGAUACGACGUGCCUAGGAUCAAACGUACAUGCCCUGAGGCAUUCAUAUUGGUUUUUAAAUAGAGAAGUUAUCGAGGACUUAAGGGAUCUGAUCGUAAACAGAAAGAGAGCCCAGGAUAGGAGCAGCAGGCUCGAUAGAAGCCUGGGUAACACAUGGGUCUACAGAGUAGCUCCAUCGAACCUAAACACAUUGUUUGAAACCAUCAUUUAG